AUUUAUAAUUCAAUUCAUUACUCGUAGCAAGUGUUUCAAAUGGCAGGUCAGGUCCCAGCUCAGCUCGAGCCAUGGUGCGACCUAAAUAACAAGGUGGUCCUAAUCACCGGCGCUUCCUCUGGUAUCGGCCGAGAUAUGUGCCUUGGCAUAGCCAAAUCCGGCUGCCGGAUUCUCACCGCUGCUCGCCGGGUCGAUCGUCUCAAGUCUCUAUGUGAAGAAAUCAAUCAGCUCCCUUCAUCGGCGAAUGUCGAGCCUUCUACUGCCCCCCGUGCUGUUGCGGUGGAGCUUGACAUCUCCGCCGAUGGGGUCACCAUUGAUAAGUCCGUACAGACGGCCUGGGACGCUUUUGGGAGAAUCGAUGCUCUGGUUAAUAAUGCUGGUGUUAGAGGUACUGUGAAAACUCCACUGGAUUUGUCUGAAGAGGAGUGGAAUCAAGUUCACAGAACGAAUUUGACAGGGACUUGGUUGGUGUCUAAGUCUGUUUGUAAACGUAUGCGAGACGGGAAACAAGGAGGGUCUAUCAUCAAUAUUUCUUCCAUUGCUGGUCUUGAUCGUGGUCAAUUACCUGGAGGUCUUGCUUAUACUACUUCAAAGACAGGAAUAAACGCCAUGACAAAGGUCAUGGCUCUAGAAUUGGGAGUGCACAAAAUCAGAGUGAACUCAAUAUCACCUGGACUGUUCAAAUCAGAGAUCACAGAGGGUCUUAUCCAAAAAGAUUGGCUAACUAAUGUUACUAAUAGAACUGUUCCUUUAAGAACAAGUGGCACCACAGAUCCGGCACUAACUUCGCUUGUACAAUACUUGAUCCAUGACUCUUCACAAUAUGUCUCUGGAAAUAUGUUCAUUGUGGAUGCAGGGGUAACUCUACCAGGUGUUCCUAUAUUCUCUUCCCUUUAAUCAAUGUAGUAUAAGGUCAGGAUUCUGAUCCAAUUUUGUUUCAGUUUCUUCAGAUGACCUUUCUGCAUUCUGUUGUUUGCAUAAUUCUGGAAUGUAAUAAUUAGUUUAGUCAUGUUGUAAGGGAAAUUUCCAUCGUAAUAAUUAGAGAUGUGAAAUCUAAAACAUUCAAGCUCAAGCUUUCUUUAUUCGAUCUGUGAAUUUUUAAUCUGCCA